CCGCGUCUUGGCAGAGCCCAGCCCGUCUCUCCGCCGCCCUGUGCAGGGAGGCAGAGACGCCCGACAGUCGGCGAGCACGGCCCGGCGGAGGAGCCCGCUGCAGCGGCGCCCCCCUGCACACAGCUCGAGGGAGGGGGACCCCCGACCCCAGCUUCUCCGUGCCUGAGGGGGCCCAUCCCCAUCCAGCCCGCCGCCGGCAUCCCCCGGCUGCAGCGACUCCAGCUCGCCGCGCUACCAGGACAAGUUUGGAUGCCUUUUGAGUUCAUCUCCUCCUUUCCAGAAGAUAAACUGUGAAAUUUAAUAAUGUGGAAAAUCCUUCCCUCUCUUUUUGUAUGUGACUUUGAGAAAAGAUUGGUAUGGUCUUAACAGCACAAGAUCAUCUCUAGAAAUUAGCUGCAACUAUGAGUUCAGAGGAGAAGGGUGUAUCUCCUGCUCACAAAACAUCCACCCCAUCACAUAAAAGUGCCUCCUCUUCAUUGUCAUCUCAGAGGGACAGUAAGCAGAGUGCUCAUGUAUUAGAGCGAAAUGUUUCUUUUGGAAGUGCAGACCCAUCUGUAAGCAAACAGUUGCUCGAAACUGAGUCUGUCUCUCUGUCUAAGGAACCUGACAGCUGGGAAAUCAUAGAGGGGCUGAAAAUAGGCCAGACUAAUGUCCAGAAACCAGACAAACAUGAAGGUUUCAUGCUGAAGAAAAGAAAAUGGCCUUUAAAAGGCUGGCACAAGCGCUUUUUUGUCCUGGAUAAUGGAAUGUUGAAGUAUUCAAAGUCACCAAUUGAUAUUCAGAAAGGCAAGGUACAUGGAAGCAUUGAUGUUGGCUUAUCAGUUAUGUCAAUUAAAAAGAAAGCUCGUAGAAUAGACCUUGAUACAGAAGAGCAUAUCUACCACCUAAAAGUGAAGUCCCAGGAUUCAUUUGAUGCAUGGGUAUCAAAACUGCGCCACCACAGAUUGUACCGUCAGAAUGAGAUUGUAAGAUCACCAAGGGAUGCCAGCUUUCACAUAUUCCCGUCAGCCUCUACUACAGAGUCUUCACCAGCUGCUAAUGUUGCUGUGUUAGAUGGAAAGGUUCCACAAAAUAGCUUCCCAUGGCAACCUGCCAUACCAUGCAGUAAUAGCCUUCCUGCAACAUAUACUACUGGCCAAAGUAAAGUAGUAGCAUGGUUGCAGGAUUCUGAGGAGAUGGACAGAUGUGCAGAAGAUCUUGCACACUGCCAAUCAAACCUAGUGGAACUUAGUAAGCUUCUUCAAAAUUUAGAAAUUCUACAGAGGACUCAAUCGGCACCGAACUUCACAGACAUGCAGGCUAACUGUGUAGAUAUUUCAAAGAAAGACAAGCGGGUCACAAGACGAUGGAGAACAAAAAGUGUCAGCAAAGAUGCAAAAAUACAACUUCAGGUCCCUUUCAGUGCUACAAUGUCACCGGUUCGCCUGCACUCAUCCAACCCCAAUCUUUGUGUAGACAUCGAAUUUCAGACUCCCCCAAGCCAGGUAGCUGACCCCUUGGAAUGCUCCAUGGAGUACAUCAAACUUCAAGAAGAGUUUUGCCUCAUGGCACAGAAAGUUCAUUCUCUUUUGAAGUCUGCCUUUAACAGCAUAGCUAUUGAGAAGGAGAAGCUUAAGCAGAUGGUUUCAGAACAGGACAUUGCAGGCCACAAUUCACAAAUAACACGCCUCAGACAAUCACUUUCUCAGGCUCUCAACCAGAAUGCUGAACUAAGGAGUCGCUUGAACAGAAUACAUUCUGAGUCUGUUAUUUGUGAUCAGGUUGUCAGUGUAAAUAUUAUCCCUAGUCCCGAUGAGACUGGUGAACAAAUCCAUGUUAAUCUCCCAUUGUCUCAGCAAGUUUCUAAUGAAAGCAGGCUCUCUAUGUCCGAAUCUGUCUCUGAAUUCUUUGAUGCACAGGAAGUGCUUUUGUCGGCAAGCUCAUCAGAAAAUGAGGCUUCUGAUGAUGAAUCCUAUAUCAGUGAUGUGAGUGAUAACAUAUCUGAGGACAACACCAGUGUCGCAGACAACGUUUUCCGACAAAUUCUUAAUAGUGAGCUAGCAGGAGGUGCAUUCAGGAAUGGACGUCGGACUUGUCUCCCAGCUCCCUGUCCUGAUACCAGUAAUAUCAAUCUGUGGAAUAUUUUGAGAAAUAAUAUUGGCAAAGAUCUCUCCAAAGUCUCCAUGCCAGUUGAGCUAAAUGAACCUCUUAAUACUUUACAACACCUUUGUGAAGAACUGGAAUACAGUGAACUCCUGGACAAAGCUGCUGAAACUGAUGAUCCAUACGAACGCAUGGUUCUCAUAGCUGCCUUUGCAGCUUCAGGGUAUGCCUCCACUUACUACAGAGCAGGAAGCAAGCCAUUCAAUCCAGUGCUUGGUGAGACUUAUGAAUGUAUUAGGGAAGACAAAGGAUUCCGAUUUUUCUCAGAGCAGGUUAGCCACCAUCCACCCAUUUCUGCCUGUCACUGUGAAUCAAAGAAUUUUGUGUUUUGGCAAGAUAUCAGAUGGAAAAAUAAGUUCUGGGGGAAAUCAAUGGAAAUCCUGCCAAUUGGAACACUGAAUGUGACUUUUCCAAAGUAUGGAGAUUACUACGUGUGGAACAAAGUCACCACCUGCAUACACAACAUCCUUAGUGGAAGGAGGUGGAUAGAGCAUUAUGGAGAAAUAACCAUCAGAAACACAAAAAGCAGUGUUUGUAUUUGUAAGCUCACUUUUGUCAAGGUGAAUUAUUGGAAUUCAAAUGUAAAUGAAGUCCAAGGGGUUGUCAUGGACCAAGAAGGAAAGGUGGUGCAUCGCCUCUUUGGAAAGUGGCAUGAAGGGUUAUACUGUGGGGUUGCACCUUCAGCAAAAUGUAUAUGGAGGCCAGGAUCCAUGCCAACCCACUAUGAACGUUAUUAUGGCUUUACAAGGUUUGCUAUUGAACUCAAUGAGUUAGAUCCUGUAUUGAAAGAGAUUCUUCCAACAACAGAUGCACGAUUCAGGCCAGAUCAGAGACUUUUGGAAGAGGGAAAUGUAGAAGCAGCAGCCACAGAAAAGCAAAGAAUAGAGGAACUCCAGAGAAGUCGAAGGCGGAACAUGGAGGAGAACAACAUUGAAUACAAACCAAAAUUUUUUAAAAAAGUUAUCGAUGCCAAUCAAAGAGAGAGCUGGGUUUCUAAUGACACCUAUUGGGAACUGCGAAAGGAUCCUGGCUUUAGUAAAGUAGAAACCCCCAUACUCUGGUAAACUGAGAAUGUAGAUCUAGUAAACAUAUCACUCUCUGAAGAAAAAAAUAACUAUGCACAAUAUGUUUCUUAUAGCUAAGUGUGGUUUGUGGGUCUACAGAAAACCUACCAUUCGCUUUUAUAUUCAUCUUUAUAAUGGACUUUCGAAAGUGCAUUAGACCCAGAUCCCUGACCACUUUUGGAUCCUUUUUAUUUUGCAGCAGCCAUUUAAAAAUAACCUUUAAAGUUUCAUGUAUUAAAAAUGCAAAACAAAGGAAGCAGAUUCAUUAUCCAAAGUUGCUCGGAAGAGGUUGUAAUACACAAAACUGCAACUGGUGCUUAAAACAGACAUUGAGAGUAACAACAAACAAACAAAAUGAAAGAAAAAAAACAUUUUGUUUUAACUUGUUUUGUUAAAAACUCUUGUGUUACAACAGUCUAUCAUUUCCGGCUUGAGGCUAGUCCUUUAGUGUGAUGUGCUUGGACUGGCCUUGUCAAAAAGACACAAUGCUUUUCUGGAAGCUGUUCCCAUUCAUAUGCCAUUGUUCAUGCCUUAAACAAAACAUGAAGGUAUCCAAUAAGUCAUUUUAAAAUAUGUAUUCUUAGGCUUGUGUGAGCAGCAGAUUUUAUUCAUAUUCUAAAUAUUGGCGAUCAUGUAUUAUUAAAAAUAAAAUCCACCUAAAUG